UCUCUCUCUCUCUCUCUCUCCCCGAUCGCCCAUUCCGGUUCGGUCGGCGGAGCUGCGAUCUUUGGCUUCGCCGCAUUGCGCUCCUGCCCGGCGGAUCUCGCCUCGUCUCCAUCUCGGCGAUUCGCACCGGCGCGUCCCGAGCCUCCGAUCUAGAUCGCGCGGUGUGAGUGAGAAUGACGGGCGAUGCCGACGUGCACCGCGAGGCGUCCGUGGAGGUCUCGCUGUUGAAUGGCAAAGUCGAUGACGAGUGCGGGACGGACGGGAGAGCUCGGCAGGAUCUGGUGAAGAGCGCGGCCGAUUGCAAUGGCGUGUCGCGCCGCGAGGCGGACGAGGAGGCGAUCGAUGAUGGAACCGGGAAUGGCAAUGGGAACGGCCAGGAUGAUGCCGACGCCACCUAUGUUUUCGUCAAAGGGAGUGAGGCUGCUGGUGAGGGAGUCGGCAGUGGCUUUGUUGGUGCCGAUCUGAGGGAAGAGAGCGUCGAGGGUAAGGCGAGUGAUAUUGAUGUGGGGGGCUCGAAGGCUAGUGCUGAAAAUGGCAAUUGUGAUGUCGAGCCGGCAGCUGUUAAUAGAGAGAAUGGAGAUGGGGAACGCGAGUUGGUGAAUGGAGAAAAUGGGGACCGUCAUUCUGACGAGCAUAUUGUUGCGAACGAGGUUGGAUUAGUGGAACAGGAAGGCAAUGAUGUGCAUAUUAAAGAAAACAAUGUUGUGAACGAGGUUGAAUUAGUGGAACAGGAAGGCAAUGAUGGGCAUAUUAAAGAAAACAAUGUUGUGAACGAGGUUGAAUUACUGGAACAGGAAGGCAAUGGUGCGCAUAUUAAAGAAAACAAUGAGGAGACCGUGGUUGAUGAGGCUGAGACUGAUGCAGGUCAUGGCAAAACUGUUGACCUGAAUGAUGGUGAGUGUCAUGUUGAGGAUCAUCUUAUGGACAAUGGCACUGGAGGGGAAGAUUCGCAGGGUGAAUUCAUCGAGAGCACACUGGCUGGCAGUACUUCAGCUGAAGAGCAAAAUCGUGAGGCGGAUAUUGUGGGAUCUCCCCUCUCAAAACAGCAUGAAGGGGAGUUUCACAUUGACAAGCAAACUGCGGUGGAGUCCUCUUUAGAGGUAUCCGAUGAAUUUUCGGGGUUGUGUGAUGCAACAGUUGCGGCAUCCAAAUUCGAUAAAACAUUUGAAGUCCCGCAGGCUGACGAAGCAGACUCUUCUGGACAAAUGGGCAGAGAUCAGGAGUCCUCUUUAGAGGUGGAACCCUCUCUAGAGUCUUCAGAACAACUUUCAGGGUCUUGUGAUGUAAUUGUUGUGGCAUCUGAAUGUGAGAGAACAUCUGAAGUUCCACAGGCUGACCAAUCGGACUCUUCUGGCCAAGUGGACGGAGAUCAGAAGUCUGAGUUGAAAAUUGUGGAUUCUGGUGAAGGUGAGGUUGUCCUCAAGAUUGAUGACGAGGUUGGUAACGAGGAUGAAAAGGUUAUGGAGGAAAGCAUUUCUUGUCCAGACGUAGAUACAGAGCAGAAUCCUGAACCUGAGAGAACAUUUGAAGUCCCACAGGCCGACCAGGCUGACUCUUCUGGCCAAGUGGAUGAGGAUCAGAAGUCUGAGUUGACAAAUGUGGAUUCUGGUGAGGGUGAGGUCGGCAAGAUUGAUGACAGUGUUUGUAACGAGGAUGAAAAGGUUAUGGAGGAAAGCAUUUCAUGUCCAGACGUAGAUACAGAGCAGAAUCCUGAACCUGAAGUGAUUUUGACGAAAGACCUUGUUUCAGACAAGGAGAACUCAUUGACAAAAAUGGGUGAUGAUUCUUCUUCAGAAGCAGCCCCAGAGGACAUUAGCAAUACGAUUGCUACAGCAGACACGAGGGCUGGCCCUUUUUCUGAUGAUACUGGAGAUGUUGAGCCAACUGCCACUGCACCUGAUCCUAUUGCUUCUGAGAAUGUCGAGCAUGAGGCUGUGACGGACACCCUUGAUACGAGUCAAGAGAUAAAUGAAGAGGCUCAUACCUCAGAGAACACUGAAAGCACCCCUUCCUCGGUCAGUUGCGGCAAUGUACCUGUUCAAAUCGAACUUGAAGAAGCGAAUGCUGAAGAAAGCCAGACUGGCGUUCCUCAAUGUGUUGAUGCCAAUUUGGAAGUCAGAGAAGAGAAUGAUUCGACUGUAGUAGAUGUAACAUCAAGUUGUUCUGCUACUAAUUUAAGUGCAAUCACGGAGAUAUGUUUUGGUUCCAUCAGCCAGAAAGAAAUAUCUUCCAUUCCUUCGGACAACAAUAAUGCAGAGCCAAAAGUUUCAAAUUCUCUUUCUCUGUCUACUGGAAGCCAUCAUACCGAUACCACAGAAAGCCCUUCAAAUGAUACAGCUGAAAUUGAAAGUUUCUCUGCUCAAGAUAGCAAAUCGGGAUUAAAGAACGAGCUGGAUGCUGUAUUGGAUGAGAAGAGAGAAGAUCAAUCCACCAUUGAGAAUGAUAAACCGGCAUUCUCACAAGCCGAAUGUGUUGACGUAGUUGCCCAGAAUGAUGCAGCACCGGCAGAGGUUUCUGGUAUCCCUGCUUCCGAAGAACAGAAUGUUGGCAGUGAGUUGGAAAAGAAACUAUUUAAUGUUCUUGUAAAGAUUCCCCGAUAUGAUGACGAAAAUUUGAAACAACAGAUCAACGAAGCUCAGUUGCAAGUAACUGAGAAGACGCAAAGUCGUGAUGCUAUUCAAGCUGAAAUUCAGAUUAUAAAGGCUGCUUGUAAGGAGCACAGUGACAAAAUUGAAGUUGCCUUAUCUGAAGAGAAUGCUGCACGAGAGUUGUUCAAGUCUAAAAGGGAGGAAAUAGAGUCUGUUCAAUCUGUUAUUAACAAGGUGAAGAAUGCAAUUACAGUGGGUGACUAUGAUGUAAGGAUACAGAAUAUGGAACAAAAGAUACAACAUGAAACCCUGCCUUUAAAGGAAGAAAAGCAAUUGAUCCGUGAUAUUAAGCAACUAAAGUAUUCACGAGAGCAGCUUACUAAUGAUAUGGGAGGGCUUGAUGAACUUAAGCUGGCUUUGGAUCGAAGAGAGCAAACUGAGGAGCGUCUGAAGUCUCUUAGGAGGGAAGCAGAUUUGCUCAGAGAAAACGUUUUAAAAGCUGAAGCAGUCACAAAAUCUGCGAAGAGAAUAUACUCCAAUGAGAGAGAUAGGCUUCGUGAAUUGCAGGGUCGGUUUAGAGAUGCAGAUAAAAUACGCCAAGAGGCAUAUAUUCAUCUAAAGAAUUUAAGGAAGCAAUCAUCUGAGAAGAAUAAGUUCUUCUGGAAAUACAAGGAUGAUGUGAAGAUGUCGAUUGAUUUGGCGUCAAGGGGAGAUAGGGAGGCACUCUCUCGGUUCUGUAUUGAUCAAGUGGAGACAUUCAUGGAAUUAUGGAACAGAAGUAGUGAUUUUAGGGAAGAGUAUCUUAAAUGCAAUGCCCCUAGAACGUUAAGGAGACUUGGCACAGCUGAUGGUCGUUCCCUCGGACCCAAUGAGGCGAUGCCUGCUAUUCCUACUGCUGUAAAUCAAACGGCAGUUAAAGAUAAGUCCAUGUCUGCUCUGCCAAGUAUAGAGCAAGAAAAGGUACCUGUUGUUGUGGAAGCUAGACCGGCAGCAGAUGAUAAGUUAUCCGUGAAAGAGGUGGAGCAAAAGAAACAGAAAGCCAAGAAUAAAAGUUCUGCAAAACCUGUUGCCCAGGUCGAGGACUUGGUAACAGUUUCAAGCAGAGAUGUGGUCAACGUGGAAAUGGAAGAGCCCAAGCUCUCAAAGGAGGAAGAGGAAUUGGCGAAGAAGGCGGAAGAAUUGAGGAAGGCGGAAGAGGCCGCUGUGUUGAUGGAGCAACGGCGGUUAGAGGAAAAGGCCAAAGCUAAGGAGGCUCUGGAGAGGAAGAAGCGAAGUGCUGAGAGAGCCCUGGCAAGAGCUGUUUCGAAGGCGCAGAAAGAAGCUGAGCAGAAGGAGAAGGAAAGAGAGAAGAAGGCAAAGAAAAAGGAAAGGAAGAAGGCUGGAGGAGCCAUUGCAACGCCUUCAGACGCUGGCAUUGAAGGAGAAGCCGCUUCUGAGACUGCCGAGGCUCCAGCAGAUUUUGAUACUAAAGACAAGCCUGCAGUGACGGUGAAGAGAUCUCAAAAACCGUUGCAUUUCGUUAAACAAACCAAAGUAAAGCCCAUCCCUCCCACUCUUCGCAACCGAAGCAAGAGAAAGAUGCAGCCCUGGAUGUGGGCCGUCCUUGCUGUGCUGCUUGUUUUUGCCCUAUUUAUGGUGAGCAAUGGCUGGAAUCUCUUCUAAUCGGAUAUUGAUUGUUUGGUUUACGAGUGCAUCUGGACUUCGGCUUACAUGAGGUUGCAUCAGGUAUUAUAUAGGUAAGAUAUACACAAGUGAUUCUUUUAUAUAUUCAGGGAGGGUUUUGAGCUAAAUUGGUGUUCUUUUUAUUAUAAAGAGGCCUUUUGGCCUUCACAUACGGCAAAUAGAUUGGUUGGUCUGUUCUCUUCUUAGUAUUUAUUGCUAUAAGCAGAUAUUAAAAGGAACAGAAAGUGUUGCUUCUAUUUGUUAUGAUUCUGAGCUAAUAAUUCUGGUGCC